AUGAAGCUCGACACGAAAGCUCUGCGAUACCUCAAUCCAACCGACUGGCGGGUGCUUGCUGCCGUCGAAGCCGGGAGUCGCAAUCAUGAAGUCGUCCCAACCACACUAAUCGUCAAUCUUUCGAAGUCCGCUGUAGGUGAUGUCAACCGCAGCAUCUCAUUGCUUGCCAAAGCAAACCUGAUAGCGAAGGUGAAAAAUGCCAAAUACGAUGGUUACAGGCUGACCUAUGGCGGCCUUGACUAUCUGGCUCUACAUUCCUUGCAGAAGAGCAACACUGUGUACAGCGUGGGGAACCAGAUCGGUGUUGGCAAGGAAAGUGAUAUCUUCGUUGUCAGUAAUGAGAAGGGUGAACAACGGGUACUCAAGAUCCACCGACUGGGUAGGGUCAGCUUCAAGAAAGGUGUGCGAAAUAAACGAGAUUAUGCCAGAACAAAGGCACAGAAAGAGAGAGGCGCCGGCAGCUGGAUGUACAUGUCGCGCUUAGCUGCUGUCAAAGAGUUUGCCUUCCUGCAAGCCCUGCACGAAGCGGGCCUCAGUGUGCCAACCCCACUAGGGCAAAAUCGGCAUCAACUGGUCAUGUCCUUAAUCGACGGCUUCCCUCUGCGACAGAUCGAAAAGGUUCCAGAUCCUGCGGGACUCUACGCAGAGCUGAUGGAAAUGCUUGUGCGUUUGUGCUCACUUGGACUCAUCCAUGGAGAUUUUAAUGAGUUCAAUAUUUUGAUCAAAGAGGAGCAGGCGGACGACAUCCGACUUGUGCCGGUCCUGAUUGACUUCCCGCAGAUGGUCAGCGUGGAUCACCCCAAUGCCGAAUUUUAUUUCAACAGAGAUGUUGGCUGUGUCAAGCGCUUCUUCUCAAGACGCUUCGGAUUUGUUAGCGAUGACGAGGGCCCCGUCUUUGCAGAUGCAAAGCUACAGCUUGGGAAAGACGGGUGCAAGAGGCUCGACGUCGAGGUUGAGGCUUCGGGAUUUUCCAAGAAGAUGGCAAAAGAGCUUGAAGCGUAUAUGAAAGAGCAUGGUGUGGACGGCGACGCCGGAAAGGAGAGAACCCACGUUCUCGACACCAGUGGCUCAGAGGUCGAGGAUGAGGAUGAGGAUGAUGACCAAGAAGAUGGAACCGACGAGCCAUCAGAGGGAUUACCUGCCGCAGGAUGA